GUACACAACCUCGUAAUGCGGUAGUCACAAGGGGAGUUUAAACGGGCCAAAGUAAAUCUGGUCAUCAUGUUUAACAUUUUUGUAUUUUAUGUCAGCAGAUUUACUUAUUCAAACUGGAGUAUAAAUACUUGGAAAUAUCACUGAUCAUAUUAUAAUUACGAGAUGUAUCGCCAGUGGAAUAUUUACUUUGUGUUCAUUUUACUCUCAAUAGUGCCCUUAUUUCAAUUGGUUAAAUCCGACAUUACCAAAAUGGAACCGGAUGAAAUUAAAAACAAAUGGAUUGGGGAUUUCAAAACCAGUGUUGGAACCUUAGCGGAAAAGGUUUUAAAUAUAACUGAAAUCAAAAAGCAGUUAUAUAAUAACAGAAAGCAUGACGAAGUAAAAUUGAUAAACGGAAUGGCGGAGUUUAAUCGGAUUCAUACCAAAGUUUUGCUUCAUUUGUCGACCGUUCAUGGAGUUGUUUUAAACUUGACGAGUGCAAUCGAAAAGGAACUCGAUGACCAUGAACACGGAAUACCGCCUAAAACAAUCAUACCAUUACCUGUAUGCUGUAGCGUUGAUUCCAGUCAUGGAAGCUAUGAAGGCAGACUUCGGCAAAAAGUGGACCUUACCAAACCGUGCAUUGGAACAAGAGGAGGUGAUCUGUUCCAGACCGAUGUCUUAGCUUCUCUACAACAUAUGAAGCAAAACUACCAAGAUACACCGGCAGUACUGUGGCAGUACUUCUCCACUGUAGACGGACAUUUUACACAAUAUCCCUCCAGUAACCGUCACUGUGACAGCCAGGGACAUCUCAUUAGUCCCCUUACACAGGAAUGGUUUGUGGAUAAACUGUUUAUGGAAAAGAAGAACGUCGUAAUCGUGUAUGAUGUCGGGGUCAUUGCUGGCAUGGUUGUCGGCCCUGAAAAUAGGACAAUGAGCAUGUAUAUCCACGAAGCCGUCCUUCGUAUCUUAGACACGCUGACUCCAGACGAUCAAGUUAAUGUAGUAGCAUUCAAUGACACAGCACAUGCGCCCACACAGUGUGACAAGAGAUUAUUCGUGGCCAAUCAGGUGAACUGUGACAAGAUACGUCGGUUCCUCACUACCACAAAUAUUCCUGGAGGUGGUUCGGACUUCACCAGUGGACUUCUGAAGGCGUACGAGAUGCUGAUAUCAGAAAAGCGUUACCUUUCUGACAAAUUUAAGAAACGCUCAACUCAACUAAUAUUCCUUACUCCCGGGAAACCAACUAACAACGGCAUUGAAAAACUCUUUACAACUAUUUCGAACAAACAAGAGGAAUUAGACAAGAACGUUCAUCACUUUGUCUACACAUUCGAUGACAGCCUGGAUGAAGGAGUCGGCGACAUCCUAUCUAGUAUAGCUCACCAAGAACUGCCAGGUUGGCCAAUGAUCAGUAAUUUCAGUGUAACAUUUAUGCCUCCAGUUGGCCCACGUGGAGACUUUCAUGUGUACAAUGCGACCGGGUUUGUUCAAGGUGCUGCCACAUACUAUCACAAGCUACAGUUUCAGCCCCCGAAGAAACGAGACACUGGUGUUACAAUUAUCGGCCCAAAAUCUGAUUCUCAUUCUGGUCUGAUUAUGACAUCAACAAUUCCAGUCUUCCACAAUAACUCCGUAUACGGCGUGGCAGCCAUUGAUACUUCUAUGGCAACCAUAUUCGCUGAAAUACUUAAUUUUGAUAUUGGAGUCCACAGCUAUGCCUUUCUCAUGGAAAGCCAACAUGGCCAAGUCCUAUUGCAUCCCCAACUCCGCCCUCCAGGAGACAUACGACAGGAAAGUCCGGUAUACCCACACUUAUCAGUGGUUGAACCAACAUUGAGCGACGUUCAGAUUUUUAAUCUCACACACGCAGGGACUGAGACACAACAGCUUAGAGCCCAGGUUAGGAUGGGAAGAAGCUCGUACAAGUCCGGCACACCACUGGACAACUCAGCACCUUCAAACGCCACUCUGAUAUACUCCAAAAUCCAUGGCAUACAGUUUGUACUCGUCCUCGUCAAGUUUGACUUGGACAGUGACAUUCUCAUUCCUCAGCAUCUAGCUCAGGAUUUAAAGCUGCAUGCACCAUAUCAUCGUCUGGACGAGAUUUCCCUGUCCCCAGUUCACAACAAACCUCAGGAUGAUAGUGUAUGUUCCUAUAACGGAAAUUUCAUCGCUACCGAAGAAUCUGUUAUUAAGCUGUCUCCUUCAGUGUUUAGGAAGCCGGAGCAAUACAAAUACUCCAACGAAGAUGUCAACCAAAUAAUAGAAAUAAACAGCUUUUUGGAACAUUCUAAAAAUACAUCUCUAAUACGACUUGAAGUAAAAGAGGAGAUUGAACACAUUUUGAGGUCGACUGAUGAAAUAGAUAAGUUAUGGAGACCUACAGCCAAACAGGUCUUGGAGAGGUAUUUCGGAACGCCUUCGGGAGUUUUGAGAAUAUUUCCAGGAAUGCCCUUCCGAAAUACGUACAACCAUCUAAGUCAGGUGUGGUUUAGGAGAAGUGUUGCGCUUCCCCACCAGUUUGUGUUUUCAUCAGGGCAAUUCAGUCGUUUCACGUCCAGGAAUAUGCUUCUAAUGAGUAAGGCAGUAUCGGAAAAUAUAGCGGAUGAUCCCCAGGGGCCUCCACUGGUUAAGCUGCUACAGGGUGUUGUGGGAGUGGUCAUAUCGCACAGGCAACUUAACGCCAUCUUGUACCAGGUAUCCGGUUGUGGAGGAACUGACAUAGAAUGUCACCUACUGGACAAUAAUGGGUAUGUGUUGCCCUCUGACGGAAAGGCCACGGCAGCACGUCAUCUAACUCAACAAUUUUCUUGGCUGGCCAGUCAUCUCAUAACCAACAGACAAAUGAAGCCAUUUUGGUGUACUAGUCUAUCGGAGGGCCAGCACAGGCUAUCUUACUCCAUGAAUUUGACAUUUGACCAAAGGACAGGUUCUAACAGGUGCGAGAGUUACGUUAUUGGAACAGUAACAGAAACCAACUUGUUUUUGUUAGUCCUCUACAACAGGACCAAGUCUGGGUGUGACACAAGCUUUGAUGACACCGAUACAUGUACAAAAGGAACAAAUGGUCAGUGUAACAAGUGUCUGACCACUGACCAGUCGUGUGAGAGUCCAUGUCAGUGUUUGGCCGACUUUGACCAGUGUUCCAGUCAUUAUGACCUUCAUGACGUACGCACUACCGCCUGCUAUAAUGACCCGCUUGUAGACGAAAACGUUCCAUCAUCUUUUCAACCGAAGCCACCCAGGAGUGAUGUUAAAAACUGUUCAUUGCCUUGUGUGGCUGUUGAGGAUAAAGAUGAAUGCUUAAGUUUACAACACUGCCAGUGGGGAGAUGACUAUCCGUCCUUUCCGACCUGUGGAUGGAGGAACGAUUCGGACAUUGUCCAUUCAACGUCCCAAAUGACCACACCAGGGGUACCAACCCCGCCAUUAAGACCACCGACGAAACAGACAGUUGUUUCUUCCCCUGGUCCUGGGCCAGCUAUACCACUAAAACGAACUUCGACUAGUAAUCCACAAACUGUGCCCGUGAAUUCUCCACCACCAAAGAAGACCACCCCUAAUCCAACGGUGCUUCCCACUAGUAGUGGUCAAACAAAUAUACCCACGGAAACACCGACAGAGAUGACGACGCAGGCCCAGACGUCAGAUAUCGAUAUCACAUCGACAGAUAGCUCUGUUGUGUCCAAUCAGGCUAUUAUUUCUCACAGCUCCACGUUAUCUAAACACAUCACCAGUGGACAGAUUCCACUCUCAACAUCAAAUCCUGCACACGAAACGACACAAUCACAGGAAAAUAUGCGUCAAAAGAAUCGUAAGACUGAGAGUACUGACGACAAGACUGGGUUAGUGAUUGGACUGAUCGUUGCCGUCAUGGUAGUACUACUGAUUGUGGGACUUGUCAUUUACAAAGUUAGAAAGAGGCUGAAAAAUCAAACCAAUGGCGCCAGGAAAGGCAGUAUAUUUGACGGAGUUUUGUUCAACAGGACUUCAGAACGGGCAGAGCUCACACAAUCGUCUCGACCAUAUCAACAGAUCAUGUGAUAGAAUGUAUAAAUACUGUAUACUCUUUAUUACAUGUACGACGGAAUAUCUGUCAUAUUCUGUGACGUCAUGUCAGAAAGAAGAACCCCUUUCACACACACACACACACACACCCACACCCACACACACACACACACACACACACACACACACACACACACAAAUCGUUGUAAUUGUUUUCCCAGAGGCUUUCUUCUUAUGCUCUGAUUUCGUCGAGGUCAGACGAAAAUUGAUCUGACAAUUACUUUUCAACCAUAUACGAUUUUAAUUUUCGUUUUAUUUCUAAUUGUGGAUGUCACAGUAUUAUAACAUUGUUACCGACAUUUAAAUGAGCUGGUGCUGUUGGAGAUUGGAACACGUAGAUUUGAGUUGUUAUCAUUUCAAAGUCAUAGGAAUGGAAGAUGGGAAAGAUAUACACAUAUCUCUCAGGAAAUGCUCCCUAUGAUAAAAACAUAUUUCGUUUCGUUAAAAAAUAAGUCGAGCAAUGUGUGGAAUAAAAAUCAUCUCUCUUACAGUACUGGCAUUGGUAAUUUUUGAGUUUUAUAUUCAUCCAAUAUGAUUUAGCUUCAUUGCCUGAACAAUGAAGAGAUGCAUUAAAAUAUGUCACUAUGUGUGAAAUGAAAAUCACUUGCCUACUGUUCUGGCAUUUGAAUGUAUUCAUCUGAUAUGAUGCAUUAAAAAAUAGUUCAUGUAAAGACGCCAUUCUGGUAUUGAUGUUUUAUUUUGACAGCAAUUACACGAUUCAUAGGUUCCUGACACAUAAGAUAGGGAAAUAAUGAUAAGUAUCGCAUAUCAUUUUCCUAUCUUAUACGUCAGGAACCUAUGCACGACUACGUUUCACAUGUUGUGAGUUUUAUUUCUUUAUACAAUACAUUUACAAUGUAUAUAAUUAUGAUAAUGACAAAAAGUUUUGUAGUUUUAUAUAAAUCUAGAGCAAGUAAAGUUAUACAAGCUGUUGUA